UCCAUCUGCACCACUGUCCCCAAAGCCAUGCACAAUUCCCUCUGGGACACCAGGAACAUCUCCUACACAGGAUGUGCUGCUCAGCUCUUUUUCUUUGUCUUCUUCAUCUCAGCAGAGUAUUUCCUCCUGACCGUCAUGUGCUACGACCGCUACGUGUCCAUCUGCAAACCCCUGCACUACGGGACCCUCUUGGGCAGCAGAACUUGUGCCCACAUGGCAGCAGCUGCCUGGGCCAGUGCCUUUCUCAAUGCUCUGCUACUCACAACCAAUACAUUUUCCCUGCCCCUGUGCCAUGGCAAUGCCCUGGGGCAGUUCUUCUGUGAAAUCCCCCAGAUCCUCAAGCUCUCCUGCUCCAAAUCAAACCUCAGGAAACUGGGGCUCAUUGCAGUAAGUGCAUGUUUGGUAUUUGGGUUUUUUGUGUUCAUUGUUUUCUCCUAUGUGCAGAUCUUCAGGGCUGUGCUGAGGAUCCCCUCUGAGCAGGGACGGCACAAAGCGUUUUCCACCUGCCUCCCUCACCUGGUCGUGGUCUCGCUGUUUGUCAGCACCGGUACAUUUUCCUACCUGAAACCUCCCUCCAUGUCCUCCCCAUCUGUGGAUCUUGCCCUGUCAGUUCUGUACUCAGUGGUGCCUCCAGCCCUGAACCCCCUCAUCUACAGCCUGAGGAACCAGGAGCUCAAGGCUGCAGUGCGGACAUUUAUGACGGGAAAAUUUCAGGAACAUUAA